AAAGGAAAAGGUUAGACACAAUUGAAAGGAAGGGGAGGAGGAGCGCCGCUGCUUGCCGUGGUAAAAGCAGUACAGAGCUCUCAGCGUGCGCACUGACAGCAUGGCAGGAGACAGCGACAGCAAGUUGGACAAUCAAGCCGAAAAUGAGUAUGUUGUCAGGCAACCUUUCCUCAUCGGGGUAGCCGGCGGCACUGCCAGCGGCAAGUCAUCAGUUUGUGGGAAGAUCAUGGAGCUUCUUGGCCAGAAUAAGAUCGACCAUCAUCAGAGGCAGGUGGCCAUUCUCAGUCAGGAUAGUUUCUACAGGGUUCUGACCGCUGAACAGAAGGCCAAGGCUCUAAAAGGACAAUUUAACUUUGACCACCCAGAUGCGUUUGAUAAUGAGUUGAUAGUCAAAACCCUUUGUGAAAUCAUGGAGGGAAGAACUGUCCAGAUUCCCGUCUACGACUUUGUUACCCACUCAAGGAAAGAAGAGACGGUCACUGUAUAUCCAGCAGAUGUCGUUUUAUUUGAAGGCAUUCUUAUGUUUUAUUCGCAAGAAAUCCGAGAUCUGUUUCAAAUGAAGCUGUUUGUGGAUACGGAUGCAGACACACGUCUGUCACGCAGAGUUCUGAGAGACAUCAGUGAGAGAGGUCGUGACCUAGAGCAGGUGCUAAGCCAGUACAUCACUUUUGUUAAGCCUGCCUUUGAGGAGUUCUGUCUGCCUACCAAAAAGUAUGCCGAUGUGAUCAUUCCAAGGGGAGCUGAUAAUCUGGUUGCAAUAAAUUUGAUAGUGCAACACAUUCAGGAUAUUCUAAAUGGUGGUUUGAACAAACGCUUGAACGGAUACCUCAAUGGCCACAACACGCCUCGUAAACGGCAUCCCUCGGAGUCCAGCAGCAGGCCGCAUUGACCAGCUCUCCAUCAGGACAUCUGGGAACGCAGGAGAGAAUGAAUGUGUGAAGGAUGGGUGCAAGAUAAAAGAAGGACUGCUUGUGCAUUCUGUUAAUUAGCCAACACUGUAUAAGACAAAAAGCAUCAUGAAAAAUUUCAAGAAUUUCAAAGAUUGCCUUUUAUUUCGUUCUGUUUCUUCUUUUUUGUUUUUGGACUGGCUCCACUUGAUGUUUUAGGAGUAAGAAAGAUAAAUGGAACUUCUAGUUCUGGGAUUGUUAAAGGUCAAAAUGGAUAUCUACUUUAUUUAUUUUACUAUUUUUAUUUUAUUCUUUGUACUUCUUCUUUAAGAGUAUGUUUAGUGACUAAAAACGGGGAUGCAGAUAAUUAAAUGUUACAUAACUCCAUGGUAAUGAGGAUUGAACAUAUUUUUUUAAAUUAUUAUUAUUACCUCUGGUCUUUUCUUCCUAGCAGAAAGGACUACAUUUGCAAAUAUAUGUAUUUAAAGAACCUCUUCACUGGAUAGAGUCCAAAAACAUUUGUUUUAAAAUUUAUUCUUUUUCUUUUUGGUUGACAGGGAUGGAAUAAGUUUUUAGUAUUCUGGCAUUAUUUAUAUGAUUUCCCUCUAUGAUCAGUGUUUCUUGCAGAAGGAUAAACUUUUAUUCCUCCUUUUCACUUGAACAAUUCAGGCAGUGUUGCUUCGUCACAACAGGCCUCUCAGGGUGUAGUUACUACAAAUGAAAACAAUAACUCACUUUUGUCCUAAAAGGAAUGAGACUUCUAUACAAAAGACAGCAGAGACUAAUCUGGCUAAUUGAGCAGAACUAAAUUUGUUGUCAUAUUUGGUUCUGAAUUACAAAUCUUGUGCUUCUAGAAUAUUUAUGGAGAUGCCAUGUGGUCCUCAUUAAACAUGGUCAUGUGAUUUAAAAACAAAAGCCCUGUGAUUGAUUGUGUUGAUAUACUAUGCACUGUACCCUUGACUCUAAUAAUGCAAAUUGACACUCAGUUUAAUUAGACUUGUCCAAGCCAGUUAGACAAAUGGAGAUCCUUACUUGAAAUGACCCAUUAUUUUACUUGAGUUAUGACUCAAAAUGUACACCAUGAUGCCACUUUGGUAAGUCUUUGACAAAACUCACCAAAGAGUUCAUUUAGUUUUCUUGAACAGAUGUUUUUGUAACCCGAGCCAUGUAAUUUCCAUGCGCAAUACAUAUUUCCCCUUGUAUCUCAGUUUUCCUGCAUCUUAGAGCCAGAGAGAAGCCAUUUAAGGCACUCUGAAAUCAUUUAGGGAUGUGAAACUGAACAAUCCAACCUUUAAGUUUGACCCUGACUGUAAAAUGACCCCAUAUAACUUCCCUUUAAUAUUGAAAUCUUUAACUUAAAAUUGGUAAAUCAUUGAUAUACAAAUUGCAUUUAGAAACUUAACAUUGUUUGUAAUAAUGCUAUAUUUUAUUUUCUGGUUGGCUUCAGUCACAUUGAUGCUAUGAUACGGGGUGACCCAUUUACUAUCCUAUGUAAAAAUGAUAAAUUAUGUAAUUAUUUGAUUGAAUACAAUUGUUUUGAUGAUAAUGCCAUCUAGAUUGUAUCAGUUGUCAUUAUUUAUACAUAUAACAUUUUGUGACUUUAAUAUUUAUUUGGCACAUUCUUACCCCUGGGCUGUUUAUUUGGACAAAAUUGCAUAAAAUAUUAUAAAUAUUUUGUUGACGUCUGGUCCUUGGUUUCGUUUGGGUAUUAGAUGUGUGAUUCAAUUGGUAUGUUCAUAGACUCAUUUUAAAAUCCUUGAACCAGUAAAAAACUAUUGCAACAAAUUUUGUGCCAUCAUAAAGUGUAUGUAAACUUACAGACUGUUCCUUUUAAUUUCAUGUUGAAUUUCCUUCAAUGGUACAUAAAUAUUGUAAAUAUUGCUUUUCUAAACAACACUUGGUUACUCAAGCAUCCAGGCUUUCGAACAUACAUGUCAGAUAUGUUCAUACCUCUAAUUUAAGGAUUUUGAUAUAUUAGCACAGAUUUAAACACCAGCUUUAAAAAAGCAGUACACAUUACAGUUUUUUUCCCACAAUCACACAGUCCACCCCUGAAUAAAACCAUGAUUUAAUAACUUAACAUCUCUGUCUUACCAACUUGCACACCCAGUGUGUAAUCCUACUUGACUGAAAAUGAUGCAAAUACAUACAUUGUUUUUAUUGAAAUUUGUGGUUUUCCAUUAAGCUGUUGGCGUUGUUUAAUGUGCAAUCAAUAAGUUUGACUCCCACACUAAUGUCUAAAUAUGUUACAACCUAUAUGCAUUUAUGUUGAUAUUAGAAAUCCUAGUCUGAAACGGGUUGUCUUGUUGCAAAGAGGGGUGACUUUGAGGGAUUUUCAAAAGUAUUUUGUUCUGCAUGAUGUAUAUGUUCAAUUAUUGAUGCCUUUGAGUUUUGCAAAAGGGGUGCAACAUGCAAAGAAAGCCAAAACUAUAUUACAAUCAGAAAAGGUUGCUUGCAUGUUGUUGGACCAAACAAACUACAGUUGCAAGGCUUUAAAACAGUAUUUCUGUGACACUACAAUGAAUAUUAAUAACUCUUUAUCUUGAACUGUUACUCUUGAAGCUGGGGAUUGGCUUUUUUGUUUUUAGGUUUCUUUGCUUUAAUAAAUCCACUAUAACUGUAUCAUCAUGUACAUGUGUAAAGACUUGCAGAAAGUUGUAUAAAAAAAGUGAUUGACAGCAAAGCUUAGUUAAAUAAAAGUUUUUUUACUCCUCA